AUGACUUCUAUUAUCUUAAUUUGGAUAUGUCAUUGUUACAAUGAUAAUCACAAUUCCAAUGAUUUGGUGGAUACAUAUAAUAAUCAAAAUAGUGACUUGAGUUCUGAAGUGGAUGAGUUAUUAUGGAAGAAAAUAUUAGAUAGAAACUAUGUGGAACAAAGAAAUAUUUUUAGUCCAAAAGAAAUAAUAACAGAAAUCAUAGAUGUUGUAGAAGAUUUGGAAAUCCCAAGUAAAAUAAAAAGACUAGAUCGCUAUUGUGAAAAAAAAAUUAACGAAAAACUUAGUAAUCUAAAUAAAAUAAUGGAAGAUAGUAAUCUUGAUAAAAAUGCUUAUUUAAAGACUCAAUUCAAAAAUAUCCUUCCUCUAUUAAAGAUACCACUGAUUAUAAUUUUUUCAGCCGUUUUUCUUUUAUUGAAUCAAUUUACAAAUGGAAUCUUAGUAUAUUCUAUUGUAAUUAUAGGUUCCUUAUUUUGUAAAAUAAUUAUGAAGUCUAUCAGAUGUAAAAAUGUAUCUACUUAUUUAAAACUGUGUUCUAAUUAUUUUUCAUAUGAUACCCAUGAUUACAUCAUUUAUAAGUAG